CCCGAGUGGCACCAGAGCAACGCUGAUCUGUACCGCAAGGCCUUCACCAGCUGCGAGCAGGCUGAGCGCGGCCGGGCCGAGGCCAAGGAGCUGGCCGAACACGCCGCUGCCACCGCCCAGCGUGCCCAGCAGGACUCCACAGCCAGCCUGGGCCAGCGCCUGCAGGACAUACACUUCUGGAAGGCUGAGCUCCAGAAGGAGAUUGAGGACCUCGAUGCCGAGAGCGGCCUGCUGGCAGCCCAGAAGCUGCGGCUGGGAAAGGAAAAGGUGCCCUAUGCCAUUGCCACCGAUAACCUGCAGUGUCGGGAGAGGAGGCAACCCCCGGACCUGGUCAGUGAUGAGGUGGAGAGAGAGUUGCUGAAGGAAGCUGAACUUAUCAGAAAUAUCCGGGAGCUUUUGAAAAGAACUUUGAUGCAAGCUGGUAACCAGAUGCGAUUAAAUCGAGAUCUCAAAGAGGUUUGUGAAAUGGACUGGUCAGACAAAGUUGAAACGUACAACAUUGAUGAUAAAUGUGGAAGAUACAGUAACCAGAGCACCAACAUCCAGUUCCAUCCUAGUUCAGUGAAGUUUGAAGAGAGUGCCUCAACACCGGAGACAUGGGCCAAGUUCAGUCAUGACAACAUCUAUAGGGCAGAACGAGAAAAACUGGCUUCCAUCAAUCUUCGUGCCUUGAUUGACAAUAUUCUUCAUGAUGUAUCUGACGACCUGAGGAUGCAAUGUGCUGCCGUUAAUGAGGCUUUUGCCAAACACUGUGAGGAGCUGGAUGAUACAAAACACAAACUAGAGCAUCAUUUGAAAAAAGUCCUUAAGGAGAUUGGAGAUCAAGAAGCUAACAUUGCUGCUCUCAAACAAGCUAUCAAAGACAAAGAAGCCCCAAUGAAAGUUGCUCAAACAAGGCUGUAUGACAGGUCUUUUAGGCCCAAUGUAGAGCUCUGCAGAGAUGAAGCACAAUUCAGGUUGAUCAGUGAAGCUGAAGAACUAACGGAGUCCAUUGAAUCCCUGAAGAAAAAACUGCUGGAAUCUGAACAGUCUUUGAGGAACCUGGAAGACACACGGAUGAAUUUAGAAAAAGAAAUAGCUGUGAAAACAAACAGUAUUUUUAUUGAUAGGCAAAAGUGCAUGGCCCAUCGCACACGCUACCCUGUUGUUCUUAAAUUAGCAGGUUACUAGUAGUAAUCUCUGUACUAGCUAUGCAAAGUCUGGAAGAAAAAUGUAGUCGAGAAUCUUUCAUAUAAAAUACAUGGAUAAUAUUAUACACAAAAGUACUGUAUUCACUGUUAUGUUCCUCUGUUUUCCUCUAUUUGGGGUAAAAUGCAUUAG